UCCCUCCCUCCUGUUCUCAUUCUCUCUCUGACAGUGGCACUUCCAAAGUGAUAACAGGUGGAACACAGGAAUUGCAAACAAGUGUCUAAUGGUCCGUGGUGUUUCCAAAUAGAACACAUAAUUGUGUUUGUUUGUUUGUUUUUGGCUGUGCAAAGAAAAGUCAAAAUGUCAAGUGUAAAUCUUGACCAGUUACACCGAUCGACAUUGGGCGUAUACGAGAGCUUGCUUGACCAGUUCAACCCAGGCUUACAGAGGCUGGUGGCGCUGGGCAAAACCUACAUCCAGGCCUUUCAAGCUCUUUCUUCCACCAGUGAGGAAUACUUCCAUGCUCUGGGCAAGAUGGGUGAGCAAGCCCUUCACACGUUAUCCUCUCGCUCACUAGGUGAUGUCAUCAUCCAGAUUGCAGAGAGCCAGAGGAGGCUGACCAAUGAGCUGGACGGGAUGUUCCGCUGGUUCCACAGUGAGGUUCUGCGGGAGAUGGAGAAUAAUGUGAAGCUGGACAAGGACUUCAUAGCAGGCAGCAGGCGGCGCUAUGAGAUGGAGGUGCAUAACCACGCCUCAGCCCUGGACAGGCAGCAGAGACGUGGCCAUCAGGAUGUUGUUGAGUACACACAUUUCCUGCGGGACAGUCAGAAAGAUGCUCUGAAGGAGGAGGAGAGGAGGUAUCGCUUUCUGGCAGAGAAGCACUGCAACCUCUCUCUGACCAUAGCCCAACUCAUGAACAAGAUGGGGGGAGCUCUACACCAGAGGGCACAGGAAUGGGGGGAUUGCGUCAACGAGACCAGAGCCUCACGACCACGGACCCCAUCACGAAUGGAGCAGAUGGGGAUGAGAGAAGAGGAGAGAGGCCAGCAGUGGACCAAAAGGGAGGAACCAUCUUUGGGAAGAAUUCCAUCUAGAGGCCCCUCUCCCGUGCCCAUGCGCUCUCGGUCUGGUUCUCUGGGGGAUGGUCUUGGUGGCGGUCGCCUGAUGAGGGCGAUAGUGUCCUGUGCCCCCUCCCCCAAUCCUACCCUGCUGGACUUCUCCAUAGGCGACGCCAUCACCGUGCUGGUGCCCGAACCCCGCAACGGCUGGCUAUACGGCAAAGGACAGAACAGCCCACGUCAGGGAUGGUUUCCUGCUUCCUAUGUGGAGCCGUUGGACCAGGCUCCUAGACCUCCACCCCCCAGUGCUGGUAUGAGAACAAGUCACAGCAUGAGCAACCUGUUCGACCAAUCAGGAGGCGGAGGACAAGGAGGCCCCCCGCCCCCAGCCCCGCCUCUGCCAUCUGCAGCCAAUCAGAUCCCAAGAUCACAGUCCCGCCACAACACACCCUCUCUAGAGAGACGCGCCGAGCACCAGCAGAAGCCAAGAUCAGAGGACUAUGGGAUAAAGCCAGCGCUCUUUCCACGAGGUACAAACCCCUUUGCUACGGUGAAACUGAAACCCACGGUGACCAACGAUAGAUCUGGUCCUCGGGCCCCGGGCAGGAUUAUCUGAUCGCCACGGUGACCAACGACAAAUCUGCUCCCCGGAUUUUCUGAUCCAUUAUUAUGAUCCAUUAUUACAGACAGAUUGUUUAUGCGUGUGUGUGUGUGUGUGUGACAGAGAGAGAGAGAGAGAGAGAGAGAGAGAGAGAGAGAGAGAGAAA